UCAAAAUAAAACAUCACAACCAUCAAUAACAGUCUUCUCUCACUCCACUACUGGUCCGGUCUCUCUCUAGGUUUCCACGAAAUUAAGAAAUGCCCAGUUGCUGUUCACCAAUUUAAGCAGCUGCAGAAAGAUGGAACCUUUAUCUGCAGCUUCUAAUGGAGAGGAACCCCCUUCAUGGGAAGAGCUUUACAAUAUUAAUUUAAUCCCAUCUGAGUUGUUUUUCAAAUUUAGAAAGGAAAUUGAAGGGCUUAGAGUUGGUGUUAACUUAGAGUUCUAUAAUGCUCCGACCAAUGACUUUCAAGCUAAGCUUGUUUUGAAGCCUUUGUCCCCUGAGCGGAAAUGGAAGUUCAUGUACGAGCCUCUACAUCAGGAUGUGCACAUUGUUUCCAAAAAGAUUCCAAUAACCAAAUUCCUGAACCUCCAGGUCGGUAUAGGCCAUAAUUUCCAGUUGCAUGCUACUGGCUGGAAAUGGAAGCUCACUACGUGUUUGGGUGGCGAUGGCAUAUCUCGCAUACAAAACAAGACGUCGCUUGGGUUAUUCCCUGGCCUGGAUCUUCGGUUUGGCUGGAGGGCGGAUUACGUUCUUCCUGAAAUUACUGGGGCAUUAGGCAAUGAAGAACCAUUAUUCAACAUGAGCACAGGACGACUGCAAGCAUCUCUAGACAGAGUGGAGACGAUAGUAACCCAUACAUCAUGACCUCUGCUCGUUCAAAAGAUUCGCCAGGCACGACGCAGAACAAAAGAAGAUCGCUACUGUAAUAUGCCUUGUGUACAUGCUUGCAAAGACAUUGCCACCAUUGCAAGAGGUGGACCAUCUAAAGUUUUGUACUAAUGAAAGGAUUUGUAAAUACCAAAAGCAGAUAGAUUUAUUGGAAUGUGCAAUACUAGUGAUGUCUUCAGAGCCGUUCGAGCUCUUUCAUUACUGGUUCUUUUGAUUCUCCCUGAUUUUUCACAUGAAACUGGGAUUUUCAUAUUUUUCCCCGAAUCAGUCCUGAUUCUUUAUUCAGAAUAUAUCAACCCGAAGUUGUAUUAAAAUUACUAUUUUUACCCCUGAAUUUUAAUAACUCAUUGUUUCCUUUCCAA